CAUCACUACCCUCUUUCUUUUCCUUUUCCCAUUCCUCUCAUCUCACUCACUCUCACUCACCAUUCCCCUGCGCCGUAUAAUAUAAUACCAUACGAGAUUAUUGAGCUUAAUUAACGAACUCAUCAUGAACCCCUUCUUUUACAGAUUCUUGAUUCUCCUUGCUCUGUUUUCUCUCGUGGAAUCUUCUUCAUCAUGCAGCAGCAACAACAACAGAGACCACGAGCUUGUCUUAAAAGCCUUCCAAUAUGUCUCUGGAUUCAAACCUUCAUGGUUCCAAACAACACGCCAACCUUCUUCUUCUUCUUCUUCCAACUGUUCGGUAGAAGAGUCAUCUCCCAUUAUUAAGAACAUAGAGCUUCCUUCAAGAAACUUAAGCGGCAAUAUCUCAUGGAGCUACCUAAAGAACAUGUCAAACCUGCAAGUUCUCGAUCUCUCCGGAAAUUCCCUGCAAGGCCAAGUAUCAAACAUGUUGUGGGCAACUCCAAACUUGUUAGUAGUAAACCUCUCCAGAAACAGGUUCGGAGGGACCAUUGCUUUCAACCAACUCACAACACGAAACGCUACCGUUUCAUCAUCGCUUCAAGUUCUGAACCUCUCACACAACAGGCUCACCAAUCAGGUUCACCUCUCCGGUUUCACAAACCUCAAAACCCUCGACCUUUCCCACAACCACCUUGGAACCUUACCUUCGGGGUUCCAGAACCUCAAAAAACUCCAACACCUCGAUCUCUCUAACUGCAACAUCGAAGGACCAGUGAAACAAGUCUCUUCCCUUCACUCACUCACCUACCUCGACCUCUCUAACAACACGUUGAAUGGAACCUUCCCUUCAGAUUUCCCUCCAUUGAACACCAUCAAGUUCCUCAACAUCUCACACAACAACUUCAUCAAAUCCACAGAACUAAGCCCAAACAAGUACAAGAAGUUCGGCCAAUCGGCGUUCAUAAACGCCGGCAACAACUUCCACUUGAACUUCAACGCAUCCAACCUCCAUUCAAAGAAGCAACACCACCAACCACCAAUGCAACCAACUAAUAACAAACACCACAGGCACAAGUCAAAACACAAAACCGUUUUGCUUGUGGCGGCAUCGUGUGCCUCAGGGGUAGUUUUGGUAUUGUCGUUGAGCGCGUGCAUGUUACGGUGUUACUGUAGGAAGAAGGAAGAGGCGAAGAGGAACAAGUGGGCCAUAUCGAAACCCGUGGCGUUGACGAGCAUCAAGAUGGAGAAAUCAGGGCCGUUCGCCUUCGAGACGGAGUCAGGGACGUCAUGGGUGGCUGACCUGAAAGAACCGUCGUCGGCCGCCGUGGUGAUGUUCGAGAAGCCGUUGAUGAGUUUGACUUUCAAGGACUUGAUGAGUGCCACGUCACACUUCGGGAAAGACUCACAACUUGCUGAGGGUAGAUGUGGGCCCGUGUACCGAGCUGUUCUACCAGGAGAUAUCCACGUGGCAAUCAAGGUUUUGGAAAACGCAAGAGACGUUGAUCACGAUGACGCUGUCAACAUCUUCGUUGACCUCUCCAGGCUGAAGCACCCUAACCUCUUGCCCCUCUCCGGUUACUGCAUUGCAGGGAAGGAGAAGCUGGUGUUGUAUGAGUUCAUGUCAAACGGGGAUUUAGGUAGGUGGUUACACGAGCUACCAACGGGUGACACCAACGUGGAAGAUUGGAGUGGUGACACGUGGGAGAUUCAAAACGGUAUCGCGUCACAUGAAAAGAUGGCUUGGCCAACACGACACCGUAUCGCCGUUGGUAUGGCGCGUGGUCUCGCAUUCCUCCACCACGCCGGAUCCAGGCCUGUCGUUCACGGCCACAUGGUAACAUCUAAUAUUUUACUCUCUGAUGACUUCGAACCACGAAUCGCUGAUUUCGGGUUGAGGAAAUUCGGGCAGGAACAGAACGCGCCGAAUUGCAGCACCGAGACUGACGUGUACUGCUUCGGUGUGGUGCUGAUGGAGCUUCUGACGGGACGGCACGGCACGGCAGAGACAGUGGUUUCGGUGAGGAAGCUUGUUAGGGAGGGCCACGGUGUUCGCGCGUUGGAUGAGAGGCUCGGAUUCGGUGACUCAGAGGCUGAGAUGGUGGAGAGCCUCCGAGUCGCGUACCUUUGCACCGCCGAGUCGCCGGCGAAGAGACCCACCAUGCAGCAGGUCUUGGGUCUUCUCAAGGACAUUCAUCCGAGUGGCGGACUCGACUGAGUCCGAUGAGUUGACUCGUCCCUGAAUCGUUGCUUUUUUCCUUUUUGGGUUUAAGGAUUUUGAAGCCCACCACGCGCUUCGUGAGCGGUUUGUGGCUUAAACUCGACGAUCCUAAAGACAAAAAAAAAAAAAAAAAAUCGACGAUCCUGGUUACUAUAGGAGGUGGCAAAAUUGGCAAUUGAGUUUUUGAAUUUUGUAGUAUUUAUUAUGAUUAUGAUAAUAAAAAUGUAUAGGAAAAUUUUCGACGUACAUCGAUACAUAAUAAUUUUUAAUUGUUGAUUUUAAUUAUAAAAAAUAGUUAAAAUUUAUCGAAAUACCAAUAUACUUGAAAGCUUUUUAAAUGUAUAUAGUGCAAAAAACAAAAAGGUUGAGGAAACCAGUUGGACAAAAUUAAGUGGGGUAGGAGGGGAAGCUUGGAAUGGUGAGAUAAGGUGUAAUGAAUGAUAAUGAAGUGGGGGAAGUGUGGUGUGUGUAGUAUUCUUCUUUUUGGGUGAGCAUGUAAGAAGGCAGAGAAUCCCACUUAUUACUUGUCUCUUCUAAUAGGGCCUUCCAUCAUUUAUUCUUUACCUUCUUUUUCUGUUUUAUUUUAUUUUUUCAUUUACUAUAUACUACUUUACUUUAAUGUUU